AUGAGUAGUUUGAGAGGACGAUUGCCUGAUUGCAUUAUCUCCCUCUUAUUUGAAGAUGACCAACACACAUACCAAGCCUAUUCCCGCCUAGAGUAUAUAUUCCAUCAUGCCGCUGAUGGCACUAAUACUUCUGGCCAACUGCAGGGUGUUGACAGUUCACAUGACUCAGGGGAGGCCCUGCAAGCCGCGAAAGCAUUGGCACGGUCCAGCGGGGCCGUCGUCGCGGUAUCUGGAGCAGUUGAUUUCAUCACGGAUGGCGAGCAGGUUGUCAGCGCGAGCAACGGCGUGCCCAUGAUGCAGAAGAUCACGGCCACAGGGUGUGCCGUGACUGCUCUUAUAGCGGCUUUUGUCGGGGCAGAUCCCUCCGAUGCUCUGGCCGCAGCAGCGUGUGCUCUUGCCAUCUUUGGGCUUGCCGGAGAGAUUGGGAUGGAGUCGGCUAAAGGGCCUGCCUCUCUCAGGAUGCACCUCAUCGAUGCUCUCUACGGGCUCGACGAGCAGACAGUCACAUCAGGGGUCAAAAUUGCCCUAGUGCCGUAA